AUGGCUCAAACCGCGAUGAGCAGGCUCUUCCUGCAGAGCAGCUCGGUGCGCCAAUCUAUCCUGAGACCCGCGCAGGUCCGCAACUUUGGUUCCAACGCAGUCAUCCCGACCUUCACCUCAACACCCUCCACCGAGCUCAAUGAGGCUCUCCAACGCUUCCGCGAGGAGGUCUUCAUUCCCUGCGGUCUUCCAGUGCGCCAGCAAAAGAGCGUGUUCAAGCCCAGACACGCUAAGAAAUUGGAGACCGAGCCCAUCGUUGUGAAGAUCAGUGAAACCGAAGAUUACACCCUCACCCCUAAGAAGCGCCACGAAUUGCCCACGAAGAAGGAGGCCAUGGAUGUUCUGCACAUCAUGGUCACUGCCGGUGACUUCUCCAACCUUAUCGGCUACGUGAGCGGACUGAAGAUGUCCGGCUACGUUAUCAGCAACAACCGAUGGGAGUACAUCAUCCGCAAAGCUAGCAUGGCAGGCAAGCUGAACAUCAUCUACGAGUGCGCCAGACAGGGCCACCGCACUGGCCUGUCCCUCGCCGACCAGAACGUCGCCCGCAUUCUUUUCUUCGAGCUCCACCAAACCGCCACCCGCGCCAAGUUCCAGGGCAAGGAAACCUCCGAGGCUCUCAGCCUGGCGCAGGACUUCGCUGCCCUGAUGCAAGGGAAGUUCCACUCCAACAAGGACAUCGAGCUGGACCCUAAGCACCAACCUUUCGUUAUCGCAACACUCCUCGAGCUUGCCACCGCCAAGGCCAUGGCUAAGGCCGGCCCUGUCGCAAAGGACCAGGAGCAGCCCCCCAUCGUCCAGAAGACCGCCCUUAUCACUGACUACGCCCAGAAGCUCGAUGCAAGCUGGUCCCGUAUCAAGAUCACCGGUCCUCCCGGUCGUGCCGAGCUGGUCAACCGAGUUCGGGAGAACCUGAUCGUGCUCAAUGCCAUGCGCAUGAGCUUGAAGUGGCCCAAGGCCUCGGAGGAGACCCAGGCUUUCCAGGCUCGCGUGCAAGAAAUGGAGCCCAUCCUGGUUGACCAGCUGAGGAAUGUCAGGAACGGUCAGCUUACCGAUGACUUGGUUGCGCAGAAGUUGUUGAAGACCGCUGAUGAACUUAAGGCUGAGGCCAAGGCCAAGAAGGCUGCGGCUAAGGCGUAA